UCUGUGUGUUUAUUAAUCACUAAACAACAUUUAUAAUUAAAGUUCUAAGGUAACUUUAAACAGUAAAAGUCUAAAGAAUCAAAAUGUAUGAAACCAAUGAAAAUAUAGCAAGCAGCGACACAUUAAACAAGCCUUUAUUCAGAGAUAUAACAGCUGAAGAUUAUGACCCAGAAAUCACAGAAAUGGAAAGCCUUUGUGUCAACUGUGAAGAGCAGGGAGUCACACGUCUUUUCCUAACCAAAAUUCCAUUUUACAAAGAAGUAAUUGUUUCCUCUUUUUGUUGUGACCACUGUGGGAAUAAAAAUGCUGAGUUACAGUCAGGUGGAAGCAUUCAGGAUCGUGGUGUAUCAUACAAGUUAAAUGUUACAAACAUCCGGGAUUUGAAUAGACAAGUCGUGAAAACAGAAUAUGCUACAAUUCGUAUUCCAAGUUUAGAUUUUGAGGUAGCUCCAGGAAAAUCAAAUUUGACAACAUUGGAAGGUGUGAUUAGCCAAGUGAUUGAUGGCCUGGAGCAGCAACAAGUACAAAGGAAGGUUGAGCACCCAGAUGUAGCAGAAAAGAUUGAAGAGUUUAUUGGAAAGUUGAAAGACUUAAAACUGGUUGAGAAACCAUUUCAGUUUGUACUAGAUGACCCAUCUGGCAACAGCUUUCUAGAGAAUCCAUAUGCUCCAACAAAAGACGCAGAGCUUACAGUGUCACAUUACGCAAGGACCAGACAGCAGGAUGAAUUUUUGGGCCUUCUUGAGCAGGAGGAGGAGCCAGUUGAAGACAGUGAAGGGAAAACUGUGGGUCAAGACGAUGGUGAAGGAUUCAACACACAGAAUGAGGUCCUCUCCUUCAGUACCAACUGUCCUAAUUGUAGGUCACCAUGUGAUACCCAUAUGAAGCUUGUCAAUAUACCACAUUUUAAAGAAGUGGUCAUAAUGGCAACAACAUGUAGCAAGUGUGGUCAUCGUGACAAUGAGGUCAAAAGCUCAGGAGGGAUUGAGGAGCUGGGACAGAAGAUAGACCUGGUUAUCAACACACCAGAAGAUAUGGCUAGAGAUGUGUUAAAGAGUGAAUUGUCCACACUGAGUAUACCAGACUUGGACUUUGAGAUGGAGAUGGGGACACUGGGAGGGAAAUUUACAACAGUUGAGGGUCUCCUGCUGGACGUGAAGACUCAGCUCAAGGAUUUUAAUCCCUUCUUUCGAGGUGAUUCAUCUCAGCCACAGAUGUGUGAGCAGUUGUCAGAUUUCUGUGAGAAGAUUGAUGAGAUUGUACAAGGCAAAAGGACAGGUGUCCAUUUUGUACUGGAUGACGCUUCAGGCAACAGUUACAUUCAGAGUCUCUGUGCGCCGGACCCUGACCCCCAGCUGACCAUCACAAGAUACACCCGCACCUGGGAACAGAACGAAGAGCUGGGACUCAAUGACAUGAAAACUGAAAAUUAUGAGCAGGCCUGACCCAAACGGAUGCUGUGAUUUAUGCCAAGCCUAGCUAAAUGGAUUUAUUCUUCUUCCAGAAUUUAUUGUUAUAAUGAUAACCAAUCUGGAUUAGAUGGGAAAAAAAAUAUUUUGUUCGAAACUUUGACAAUAAAAUUGUACUAGUGAUAUCAAA